CAAACUCAGUGGUGUGGGUCAGAUCUGCGCUGCAGAGGAAACGCGCUGGGCCACAGUGUCACACACAGACUCAGAGCCGGAGACAUGUCUGAAAACGAGAUCCAGGAGGCGGACAGUGAAGCCACGAAGCGAGGGCCCAGGCCGCGCGUGGGCAACAGAGUGACCGUGGUCCUGGGCGCGCAGUGGGGCGACGAGGGGAAGGGGAAGGUGGUGGACCUGCUGGCGCAAGACGCGGACAUGGUGUGCAGAUGUCAGGGCGGGAACAACGCCGGUCACACGGUCGUGGUCGACUCGGUGGAGUACGACUUCCACCUCCUCCCCAGCGGCAUCAUCAACCCGAAGGCCACUGCGUUCAUCGGUAACGGAGUCGUGAUCCAUCUUCCCGGUUUGUUCGAAGAAGCCGAGAAGAACGAACGCAAAGGGAAAGGUCUGAAGGGCUGGGAGGACAGACUGGUCAUCUCAGACAGAGCUCACAUCGUGUUCGACUUCCACCAGGCGGUCGACGGCGUUCAGGAGCAGCAGAGGCAAGAGCAGGCGGGAAAGAAUCUGGGGACGACAAAGAAAGGCAUCGGUCCCGUGUAUUCGGCGAAGGCGGCUCGCAGCGGCCUGAGGAUCUGUGACCUUCUGUACGACUUCGAUCAGUUUUCUGAAAGGUAUAAAGGACUGGCAAAGCAGUACAAAGGCAUGUACCCGACUCUCGAGGUCGACGUCGACGGGGAGCUAGCUAAACUCAAAGGUUGUAUGGAGCGUAUCAAGCCCAUGGUCCGAGACGGCGUUCACUUCAUGCACGAGGCUCUGCACGGUUCUCCCAAAAAGAUCCUGGUAGAGGGCGCCAACGCAGCGCUGCUCGACAUCGACUUCGGCACUUAUCCGUUUGUGACCUCCUCAAACUGCACUGUGGGCGGAGUCUGCACUGGCCUCGGGAUGCCGCCGCAGAACGUCGGGGAGGUGUAUGGCGUCGUGAAGGCCUACACCACCAGAGUCGGCAUCGGAGCGUUCCCCACGGAGCAGAGCAACGAAACCGGCGAACUGCUUCAAACGAGAGGAAAGGAAGUGGGCGUGACCACAGGCAGGAAGAGACGCUGUGGUUGGCUGGAUCUCGUGCUCGUCAAAUACGCUCACAUGAUCAACGGCUUCACGGCAAUAGCUCUGACAAAACUUGACAUUUUGGACGUUCUCCCUGAGAUUAAAGUGGGCGUGAACUACAAAGUGGACGGCGAGGCCAUACCGCACUUCCCAGCCAAUCAGGAGGUGCUCCAGCGCGUGGAGGUGGAGUACGAGACCCUGCCCGGCUGGAACAGCGACACAUCGGCCGCGAGAAGCUUCGACGAGCUUCCUGAAAACGCCCGGAAAUACGUCCAGUACAUCGAAAAUCAUGUGGAAGUCCCCGUGAAGUGGAUCGGCGUGGGCAAGUCCCGGGAGUCGAUGAUCCAGCUCUUUUAGACGGAGAAGAGCCGGUUCGUCUUCACACAGCCAAACUACCUGUCGGACGCACUGUCGCCCUCUAGUGCUUUAACACGGUACCACAGACUGUGCCGGGAUCAGCCCUUUAUCCGAGGAAACUUAUGUGUAAAGACGCGCGGACACGGGAAAACUGCCCCGGAAAAGCCCCGUUUCUGUAUUUACGUCUCGUGUUUAUCGACGCUGUAACGAAACGCUGUGCCAGUCUGAGGAAAACAGUUUUUAAAAUACGAUAAUCUUGUUUAAAAACUAACAAAUCUUCGCUUUUAUCAGAUGUUUUAAACCCGUAACUCUUGCAACUUAGCUACAGUUUUCAGUUUAAGACGUUGGCGUGUGUGUGUGCGGCGGCGUCCUCGAGGGCACGCCACGCUCCGAAACAAAAAGGGAAAAAAAAAACAUGUGUCACUUUUGGGUAACUGGGAGUUCUCGCCUUGUAUUCAACCAAAAAUGUAUUUUAUUGUAGUUAGGUUUUUUAAAAUGAAAAGGUGGCGGUUGGUUUUGAUCUUUUUGCACUGAGAUAACUCUGAAUGUAUCUGUUUCCCUUCACUAAUCUCUUUGUAUAAAACUUUUUUUUUUCUUCGUCGAAAUCAAACCGUCGUGUUUGAAUGCGACGCUGUAAAAUACUGUACUGUACUGAGUUAUCGGCGGCAAGAAUAUAAUUUAAAACCGGUUUGAUAAAUGUUUAUGAUCUGCGUUUUACUUCUGUCGUUUCAUCUUUCUGUUUUUUAUAACUUUGCUACUUUCUGUCACUUUAAAUCUCUACUUUUUGGACAAAUUUUAAAGGGACGGUGAGCCGAGUGUUCACUUCAGAGGUGAGUCCGGCCCAUAUUACCUUAAAGGGCCCAUAUUACCUUAAAGGGGCCCAUAUUACCUUAAAGGGGCCCAUAUUACCUUAAAGGGGCCCAUGUUAUUCUAGUCUUUGAUCUGUUUUUAUGUCGUUUCCUCGUCACAAACAGACCUGGAGUUGUGUUUUUUUUGGUUUUUUUUUCAGAUUUUGCAGAUUUACGCUGAAUUCUCCGUUCCACCUUGUGAUGUCAUCGUGAUGUCAUACAGGAAGUGCUUUUGUGUGUUUUUAAACUCCGCACACCUUCGUUUCUAGACACAUUUGGAUCAUUUCAGACCUAGAACUGUCAAUCUACUGCUGAUCUAAAGGUAAAAGGAGCUGUGAACUUGAAAACUACCACUUCAUGACAUCACAAGGUGGGACAGAGCGUUUUGUGUCAUGUAGGACCUUUAAAUGGCGUUUUACAGAUCGUUUUGUCUAAUUUAACAGUUUAAUGUGAAGAAGAAACUGCUCAAGAUGAAGUUUAAACAGACAUGGAGUUGUGUUUUGUUUCAUUCACAUGUUUGAGUCACACUUUAUUAUUAGUCUGUGACAUCUACAAAGAUCAAAACGCGACGUUCCACCUUGUGAUGUCAUCAAGUGGGAGUUUUCAAUUUACCAGCAACAUUUACCUUUAGUUCAGUAAAAGAGGAGAAAGGAGAGAAAAGAGGAGAGAAUGGAGAGGAGAGAAAAUUGAAAAAAGGAAAGAAAAGAGAGAGAAGAGUGAAAGGAGAGAAAAUAGAAAAAAGAGGAGAGA